AUGGCGAAGGACGACAAGAAGCCAACUGCUGCUGAGAAGGGCAAAGCCAAAGCAGACGAAAAAGCACAACCUAAUGGCGAGAAGUCGCUACCCAUACAUGAUAAAGAUGGCAAACUCAAAGAGAACGGCACCAAGGAGGAUGCCCCCGUAGGCGACGAUGAGCUGAAUGAAGAGGAUAGACAGCUGAAGGACGACCUGGAAAUGCUGGUUGAGCGUCUGAAGGAGGACGACAAAUCCCUAUACAAACCCUCAAUGGACACCAUAAAAGAGUACAUCAAAACAUCCACCUCCUCCAUGACCGCCGUGCCGAAACCUCUGAAAUUUCUGAGACCUCAUUUUGACGAGCUCGCCAGCUUAUACGAAAAAUGGCCUCCUGGAGCGGAUCGAGACUCUCUCGCUGAUAUGUUGUCGGUUCUAGGAAUGACAUAUGGUGACGAGGAGGACCUACAAACACUCAAGUGGAGGUUAUUAUCAAAGGCUUCUGAGGAAGAGCUGGGUUCCUGGGGUCACGAAUACAUCCGUCAUCUAUCGCUGGAAAUUGGCAAGGAAUAUGAAAAACGACAAGAGGCUGAUGGAGAUGUGCAGGAUCUCACCACCCUCGCCAUGUCUCUCGUGCCCUAUUUUAUUAAGCACAACGCCGAGGCAGAUGCUGUUGAUUUGCUAAGUGAAUUGGAAAUGAUUGAGGAGAUCCAGAAGUUCUUAGAUGUCAACACCUACUCAAGAACCUGCCUGUAUAUGUCUAGCAUGGUCACUCUUCUGACGUACCCUGAAGAUCUGAAUUUCCUGAAAACAAUACACGCAAUCUAUAUCAAAUAUGGCAAACUCGCGCAGGCUAUGCUCAUUGCAAUCCGUCUUAACGAAAUGGACUUGAUCCAAGAGACCAUGGAUGAAGCGGAGGAUAUGGCCAUGAAGAAACAAUUAGCGUUCAUGUGUGCACGACAGCGCAUUACCCUCGAAGUACCCACAGACAACCCUGCCGAGGAACAAGUCGCUAGUUGUUUGGGAAACACAGACCUACCUCGAUACUUCAAGCAUCUCGCCCAUGAGCUCAAUAUCCUCGACCCCAAAACUCCCGAGGACAUAUACAAAACACAUCUCGAAUCUGGCAGGAACGCUGGUCCUGCUGCGGACUCGGCUAAAGGCAACCUGGCCAAUUCAUUCGUGAACGCGUUUGUCAACGUCGGUUUUGGUCAAGAUAAGCUCAUGCUGGUUCCUGAGAACGAGACGUCCUAUGUGUGGAAGACUAAAGAUGAUGGUAUGAUCUCUGCGACCGCAUCACUGGGUAUGCUCCUGCAGUGGGAUGUCGAAACUGGCCUUGACACAAUCGACAAGUAUGGUCAGAGCACGGUAAAUGAGGUUAAAGAAGGUGCUCUCCUUGCUUACGGCAUUUCCAGUGCUGGGGUCAAGAUAGAAUCUGAUCCUGUUAUGUCGCUGCUUGCCGAAGACGACGUACUACAGAGUGGAAGGCCACAGAUGAGGAUAGCCGCCAUGAUGGGUCUGGGUUUAGCAUAUGCUGGAUCUGCUCGUGAUGACCUUCUUGACUUUUUACUGCCGAUUAUUGAGGACAGCAGUCUGGACAUGUCUCUUUCAGCAAUGGCAGCUGUUGCCCUGGGCAUGAUAUUUGUGGGUUCUGGAAACCAUCAGGUCGCUGAAGCUAUUGCAACCCAGAUGAUGGACGAGGAUCGACAGAAUCAGCUCAAAGACAAAUGGGCACGGUUCAUGGCACUCGGUCUUGCUUUACUGUACUUUGGUCGACAAGAAGAGGUCGACGUGAUUCUUGAUAUCCUGAAAGCUAUCGAGCACCCAAUGGCCAAGCCGACUGCCACCCUUGCAUCUGUAUGUGCCUGGGCAGGUACUGGCGCAGUGCUUAAGAUUCAAGAGCUACUACACAUUUGUAACGAUCAUAUCGAGGACAAGGAUGAGAACAAAGGCGAUCAGCUUGUGCAAUCAUAUGCAGUGCUCGGUUUGUCACUGAUUGCCAUGGGUGAAGACGUGGGUCAGGACAUGAUCUUGCGACAAUUCGGCCACCUUAUGCACUAUGGAGAGUCCAAUAUCCGAAAAGCAGUGCCCCUUGCCAUGGGCCUGAUAAGUCCAAGCAACCCGCAAAUGAAGAUCUAUGACACUUUGUCGAGAUACUCACACGACAACGACAACGACGUCGCUAUCAAUGCCAUUUUCGCCAUGGGUCUGGUCGGAGCGGGCACCAACAACGCUCGGCUGGCGCAGCUCUUGAGGUCGCUUGCAAGUUACUAUCACAGAGAUCAGAACUCGCUGUUUAUGGUUCGCGUAGCACAAGGUCUGCUGCAUAUGGGCAAGGGUACUAUGACGGUCAAUCCUUUCCACACAGACAGACAAGUCCUAUCACGAGUCGCAUCUGCAGGACUGUUGACUGUGUUGGUAUCACUUAUCGACGCCAAGCAAUUCGUGCUUGCUGAGGCGCAUUAUCUGUUAUACUUCCUUGUUACAGCCAUGUUCCCAAGAUUCCUGGUCACCCUGAAUGAGGACCUCGAACCGGUGACGGUAAAUGUUCGAGUCGGACAAGCAGUGGACGUAGUAGGACAAGCAGGUCGACCAAAGACAAUAACUGGUUGGCAGACACAGUCCACGCCAGUGCUACUUGCACAUGGUGAGCGAGCGGAAUUGGAAGACGACGAGUAUAUUUCACUCGCGGCAAACCUUGAAGGGCUUGUGAUAGUAAAAAAGAAUCCCGAGUUUGAAGACAACAAAUAG